CCCUAGCUUUCGCCUCCCCCCUCUCGCCGUUUCCCUCCCCCACGCACACCAACCGAAGCUCUGCCCGCCAUGGAUGACCUUAGUUGCCGUGGCCACCUCCCUCCCCGAGCUAUGACACCGCGUCGAAGAGGACCGUCGUCGUCUGCUACAUCAUCUGCGGGGAUCCAUUCGACCGGAGCCGCACUGCAUCGCCGGGAUCGACGCAUCUACCUCGCCUAUGGCCGCCGCUGCCCCGCGCCCGAUCUACCUCACCGGAGCUCCUCCGCCCCGCCGGACGCGUCGUCCGCCUCCCCCUACCCCGAGACCGAUGCUGCCCCUGUGAUCGACUACGUCACCAAUGACACUUCUUCCUUUUCAGCAGAGCUUUCAGAUGGUGGAGCCCAGGAUCCAGACGUCACCUUCGACGACAACUGCUACUACACUGAGGCAAGGCAGGUGCUGCAUUGGAAGAGAUCAAAACACUCCUUGCUACAAACCCUAUACUGGCAGCACCCGGAGCAGAUAGCCAUUUCCAUGGGAAUCCAUCGUCUUGAAGUUCGAGGAGAUUCUAAUAUUGCUAUCUCUCAAGUUAACGACGAGUUUGACGCAAAGGAUCUGAAGAUGACGGCAUAA